CAAGAGGACAACGGAUCAAAUCGACCGCCACCGAGAUCCGACCGUGGCCAAUGUCCGCUGGCCUCCUGCAACCGGUGACUUCGCUCAUUUUCUCCCCUCCAAUAAUGCUCUCCGUCUACUAAAAUACCAAACCAAUCGGCGCAUAAUUUGAGAACAAGAAAAGAUUAAAAUAUCUUGGGGACCUAUAACAAAGGGAAGUGGGUGUCGUCCCAUCAUCUUCCUCCCUUACCGGACUUCAGCCAGCCAGAACAACUCCAUCGUCCAUGGAGACCAACGCAUCAGGAACCGCAGGAAAACCCAUCAAGUGCAGAGUUGAAAUCUUGUCCUGGGGGGAAAAAAACGAGCAGCUGCAGUGUGCAGAAGAGCAGGAGAGCCGCUGGUGAUGGAGGAGAUACAGGUGGAGCCGCCGAAGGCGUGGGAGGUUCGCAUCAAGAUCGUCUGCACCUCCAUCUGCCACACCGACGUCACGUUCUGGAAGAUGGACUCCGGUCCAUUCGCCGUUUUCCCGAGGAUCUUGGGUCAUGAAGCCGUCGGGGUGGUGGAGAGCGUGGGGGAGGAGGUGGAGGAGGUGAAGGCAGGGGACACGGUGUUGCCUGUGUUCUGGUCCAACUGCGAGAAGUGCAGACAUUGCGAGUCCUCCAGAGGCAACAACUGCUCCGUUUUCGCGAACCGGCCUCUCGGUCCAGGAAUGCCGAGGGACGGAACCACCAGGUUUAGUGCGGCCAAGGAUGGGGAGGCCAUACAUCACUUCUUGGGAGUGUCCAGCUUCUGCGAGUACACGGUGGUGGACGUGGUCCACGUUGUCAAGAUCAGCUCCCCCAUCCCCGUCGACAGAGCCUGCCUCCUCAGCUGUGGUGUCUCCACCGGAGUUGGAGGUGCAUGGAAGGUGGCCGACAUAGAGCAAGGCUCCUCCGUCGUCAUCUUUGGUCUCGGAGUGGUCGGACUUGCGGUAGCAGAAGGCGCGAGGCUGAGAGGAGCUUCGAAGAUCGUUGGAGUGGACUUGAAUCCUGACAAGUUCGAAAUAGGAAAGAAGUUCGGGGUCACCAAUUUCGUCAACCCCGAGGCUUGUGGAGAGCGGCCAGUCAGUGAGGUGAUUAAAGAAAUAACGGAUGGGGGUGCAGAUUACAGCUUCGAAUGCGUCGGAUUGGCUUCAGUGAUGGCGGACGCCUUCAAUAGCAGCCGAGAGGGCGGAGGGAAGACGGUGAUCCUCGGGGUGGAGUCGCGGGGGGCGCCGCUGAGCCUCGGCUCCUACGAGAUCCUGAGAGGCAGGACGGUGGUGGGCUCCUACUUCGGCGGCCUGAAACCCAAGUCCGACGUCCCUCUCCUCGCUCAGAAGUACCUGGAUCAGGAGCUCAACUUGGACGACUUCAUAACGCAGGAGGUGAGCUUCCAGGACAUCAACACGGCUUUCGAUCUGCUGCUCCAAGGAAAGAGCCUCCGCUGCAUCAUAUGGAUGGACAGAUAGUUUUGCCGCUUUCCUUUGUUACCGCGAUGUCGAAUGUUAUCGUUUCAACACAUAACACAAAUGCCGAUUCGUGCAUUUGAUUUUGA